AUGCCGGAGCCUAGCCGGUUGAUGCUGUUGGAGCAAUUACCGAAAGUACUAUCAGGCACCAAGGUCCGCUUUCUCGGAUGUGUUCAUGAAUACAAUGCCGACCAAGCCAAACUCGUGCUCCGAAGUGCGUAUCCAGCGGUGAACACGAGCGUGCCAUGCGCGUUAGUCAAUGUGGAGAAUGUCCUAGAGCUUGUCGACCACCGGCAGCUCGAGACCGGCGCGUGGGUGAAUGUGGUCGGAUAUAUUGAGAAGGAUCAAGAGUUCAAAUCCCUCAAAUCAGACCAACCAUCUUCGAGUGUGAUGGUGAGGGCGACGUUGAUCUGGUCGGCGGGAGCCAUCCGCAUGGAUCGAUAUGAAGCUGCAGUGAGAGAGUACCAAAAGCCCUUGUCUGCUGGGUGA